AUGACCUAUGCUGUGGAAAGAACCAAGCCUACAUCCACUUCAGAUAUUGAGUUGAAGUUGGUGGGGGAUGAACCUGAUUGGUUUCGAGUGCUGUUCUUGGUUGGAGCUAAAGAACUUUCUCCUAACUAUGGAUUCAUAUUCAGUGCAUGGUUUAAUGGGAAUCUCAUUAGUAACAAAAGCAACAGCUACAUAGGUCUAAACACCGAGGUAAAAGACCAAACUUUAAUGGAAGAGGUAGCAGUUGAUGAAAAGUUUUCGUUCCGCCGAGGUCAUCCGUUCUACCUCGAAUUCUACAUCACCGAAGCCAAGUUUAUGGUGGCUGUGGAUGGUCACCACUACGCCUCCUACAAACACAGAGUACCUUUGAAGUCUAUCAACAAAGUCAAGAUCGUCGGAGAUAUAACUCUUACCAACGUCCACUUCUAG